AUGGGCCUAUCGCAAUUCCAUGCAAAGGAAGAACAACAUGAUGGUGGCGCGUACGAUCAAACGCCACUCAAGAUCAACAAAGACUCCAAUUUCAUCACCCGUCUUCCUCCGUCCUCCUCCACCACAUCAUCCACCACCACCUCCGACGGCUUAACAAACAAACCCCAACAACAACAACAACAACCACCACCACGACGACCCGUCAUCAUAUACACGCAUUCUCCCAAAGUGAUCCAUACGCACCCUCGAGAUUUCAUGGCAUUGGUUCAAAAACUCACCGGAUACACCCCACCACCGGAGGACACACAACAGACACAAGAUCGGAGACACCACCGAGGCCAAGGGAACACGGAGGAUAAUGAGUCAACCUCGGUUGUGACGGAGGAACAUGGCAGUAGCGUGAAUGAUAUACCUCAGGUGAAUUCUUGUUUUGUUGAUGGUGGGGUUGGGGUCGGGGUUGCAGCACCACCUUACAGGGCGGCGGGAUUUGAUCCUUACUUUAAUCCUACGCCAGUUUUUUCGGCCAACCCAACGGAUUUCUUCUGUGGAUCGACUCAUCAGCUUCCAUUUUACAAUCCCGACUCGUUAUUUUUGAAUCGGAAUUCCUUAUCGUCGUCAUCUUCAUCAUUGCGUGUUCUCAAAGAAUAUCCAGAUAUUUGA